UGUAACUAUUUGUGCAAGUGACCAUGCCCACUCCAUCUCCAGGAGUUCCUGGAAACCCUGUUAGGGAGCACUGAGGGCGAAAGAGAUCAGCUAUACGACCGUGACCAGCUUCCUAGCCCGAGCCAUGGUGCGGUGAGGCCAGAACCAGACAGGGUGGCAGGGGAGAGUGCACUGGUCCAUGCUGGUGAGGGUGAGGACGGAAAUGGCAGAGAACAGGCCCAGGGAGAAGGAGGCAUUGAGGAGCUCACACAUGGCCAUGCCAAAGACCCAGAGGAAACCCAGGCAGAUGUAGAUGUGAACAGAGUUAUAAAGCAGGAGGGCACCAUGGACCAAGCCUACACGACUCUCCCACCAACCACUGGGGCAAAUUCCAGCCAGACCCCAGCAGCUGUGAGCGCCGCUCAUGUGGCUGCGGCCGCGUUGCUCUGCCCCACCUUCCUGUUGGGUGUGAUGGGGAACGGGCUGUACCUGUGGGUGCUGGGACUGAAGAUGAGGAGGACGGUGACCACCCUCUGGUUCCUUCACCUGGUCUCCUGCUACUUUCUCUUCACCCUGCUGAUCCCCUUCUUCAUCGUCUACGUCCUCCUGGGUUUCCACUGGGUCUUCGGCACGGCCUUGUGCAAGCUUCUCAACACCUGCAUCUCUGUGGGCAUGUUCACCUCCGUCUUCCUUCUCACCCUCAUCAGCUUGGACCGUUACACCCUCACUCACCAUCCCAUCUGGUCUCGGAAUCACCGCACUGUGCCCCGAGCUCAGAAGCUGGUUGUGGGCGUGUGGCUGGCCUCGUUCGGUCUCAGUACUCCCUACCUGGCUUUCCGGGAGACCCAGGUGGUGGAUGGGGGCAGAAUCAUCUGCAUCAACAAUUACGCCCUCUCCAGAGACUGGAAUGAAGCUGAGCCGCAGGACCUGGGAAGACGGGUCCACCUGGCUGUCUUCAUUGUCCGGUUCCUGCUGGGCUUCCUGCUGCCCUUCUGCACCAUCGCGGGAUGCUAUGGCUGCAUGGGGCUGAAGAUGAAGGAGAAAAAGCUGGCAUGGGCUGGGAAGCCCUUCAAAGUCAUGGUGGCUGCUGUGGUUUCCUUCUUUCUCAGCUGGCUGCCCUACCACCUCUACCAGAGCUUGAAUCUCUACAAAAAGGAGAUGCCAGAGUCAGUGACGGGUGCUCUCUUGGUCAUUUACACCUUCUCAUCCUGCUUCAACGCCUGCUUCACCCCCAUCCUCUACCUCUUUGUGGGGGAGAAGUUCUGGCAGGUCUUCAGGACGUCUCUUCUCACUCUGGUCAAAGCAGCGUUUGUCGAUGAUCUCGGCAGCAGUGCCCUCGAGUAUAGUGGAAGACACGGGUCAGAAGUUGAGAACACAAGAAAAGAGAUGGUCUGAAGUUGUCCAGACUGAGGGAGAGUUGAAAACUUGCCGUCCUAGUUGUUCCUAGAUCCCUGAUGGCUCUAAAAUCUGAUGGGUUCUAGGUGUCUCAUUGUUUAUAUACCCUGCAGUGUCCCUGAAUUCUAGAUUCCCUGCUCUCUCCAGAAUCCCAUGCAUUCUAGGUCUCUCAAUAUUUUCAUACUCAAUGGGUCAUCAAUGGAACCAGAUCAGUCACCAGUUCCAGAAUCGUGUGUGUUUUAGAUCACUCAGUGUGUUCUCACCUAAUUGACUCUCUUGGAUUCUGCAUCACUAGCUGGC